AUGCCUCGUCUAAGUCGUGGAUGUCUGCGCUGCCGCCAGCGCAAAGUCAGGUGUGACGAGGGUCGGCCUUCCUGUCAGCGAUGUAUAGCACGUGAUGAGCUCUGCGUCGGCUACAGAGACGAGUCUGAUCUUAUCUUUCGCCAUGAGACGCAUAAGAUUGUUGGGAACCUUUCCACCGGAGGAAUUCAACGGUCCAGAGCAGUACAAUCCAGCGCAGUUAGUGAUGUGAAUACCGAAGAGGUGCCGGCCUUUUACGCAUUUAGCACGGCCACAUCAAGCUCUGCCACGGGCCGACAGCGGCAGAGAAGCGCAUCAGUCGAUUCUGGCCGAGUAGUUGAAAGCAAUGUACCGACAUCCAGCACUUCAGCCACAUAUGUUCCUCCCGACGCCCUAUCUCAGCUAUCGAUAGGUUCACCCUCUCAGCCCCGUCGAUAUGUCCAGGAUUUUACAUGGCUCAAGCCGUCAGUAAAGCCUCCUCGGGCACAACCGCUAUCAAGGUCGGACGACGAUGCGGUCCAGAAGUUCUUCGCCAAGUAUACCCUCUUGCCUUACGACUUCCAUGCUGUGGAUGCACUUCCCGAGGUCAAACCUACGGAACACGGCGCCGAAACCCGAGCCCAGCGUGCUUCACAAGGCUUUCUUGAAUUCUUGCCGUGUACAUUCGAGGAGGUGAACGUUCGCGGCAGAUUUGCCUUGCGGUGGGCUGUGCAGGCUGCCGCGUUGGCUGAUGCCGCAUCCCAAGCUUCGCCACAACAACAGAUACCAGAAGACACCAACAACGAUGCCAGCAGUGAGAUUGAGGCUGAACUGGUCAGGAGGGCCCUAGAGACUUAUGGUCAGGCCCUCUCGGCCCUCGCUGAGAGCCUGGGCAAACAAGGGAAGAUUCCGGAUGACUAUGAUUUGAUGACAGUAGUAAUACUGGACAUAUUCGAAACCCUCUUCCUCCCUGGUAACGUGUCCAAAGGCUGUCAUGCCCAGGGCAUGGCGCAGAUCCUUCGCAAGAGGGGGCACGAUCAGUUCUACGACGCUCGCGGAUGGAGUCUGUUCCGCCUCGCACAUCAUCGGCUGCAGAAACAGGCGUUAGCCUUCAAUCUUCCGCCCGUCCCAGUGAUAGACGAGCUGUUCGAGCACCUGAACGACCAGAUGCCCUUCGUCAGACUAGAAAGGGAUGCGAGUCGGAUAUCCAGCUUGUGUGCCAAGGGGCGGGCCCUGAGAGCAGCCCUUCAGAACCUGGACCAGGAGCAGCGAGGAGCAACAGAGCUGCUGAACCUCGUCAGGGAGAUGCAGAGUCUCGACCGCGAGGCCGUAGCAUGGAGACAGGGGCCCGAGUGGUCCUACGCCGUUCUCAAGACGUCCGAUCUCGCGGGCGACGAGGCCGUGUUGUCGACGUUUCCCGACACAAUUCAUAUCCACCCUGACAUCUGGACGGCGUACGAGUGGGACUACCACCACACAGCUCGCGUCCUGAUGCACAAGCAGCUUCUUGCCUGUCUGCACCGGGCUGCGAUGCUGAGUACCGGAGACGAUGAGGAGUCCACGUGCGUAGCGUCGCUCCUGAUACCCCUCGAGGCAGAAAGCGUGGCCAUCAUUCGCAGCUUGGUCACCAAGGUCUUAGCCACUGUGCCUCAAAUGAUGGGCGAUAUAGACCACACGGGUCAUGUUAGACGAUCGCAGUCGCUGGCGCCGAGGUGUAGAGCCAUUGGAGCCUACUUUCUUCUGUGGCCUAUCAAGAUCUUCAAGGGUGACUUGCUUCAGGACAUCAGUACAGACCAGCAGAGACAUGCGGCUGCGGCUAUUUUUGAAAGAGUCAGAGAGUACACAGGCAUGAAAAGUCUACUGGGUGACGAGAGCCUGAUCUAA